GUAGUGACGGGCCAUGGCAGCGGUGUGAAGCAGCUGACACCAGAGAGAAGGACAAGCCCAAGCCUUCACCGUCAGGUCUGAAGCAGAGUGCAUGCUGGGCCGUCUGUGUGUCCCCGAUGCCUCGGUGGAGAGCGUUCUUCAGUCAGUCCCUGCGCUGGUCCAGCAGCGUGGCCCAGGUACUGGUGGUGUGCGUUGUGACGUUCUGCGUGCUGCUGCCGCUGGGCUGCCACCGCCUGCUGCACUCAUACUUCUUCCUGCGCUCCAUCUACCUGGACUCCAUGAGCGAGGCGGAGCUGCGGGCCAGCCUGGACCGCGGCCAGGACGCCCUGCGCUUCUGGCAGAGCGCCUCCACCGCUGCGUGCCGCCCCCCCCGCUUCAACGACCUUGCCCAGCAUCCUGAGCUGCUGGUUACCGUGGUGACGGCCAGGCGGAACCAGGGGCGGGACUACCACUACCUGCUUCAGGUGAUGCGGCAGCUGAGCGGCAUGCUGGGCAGCUGUGGCGAGCAUCGGUGUGCGGAGGUUCUAGUCUGCGACGUGGAGAGCGGACGGCAGGAGAACCAGGACGCCACGAUGCUGGAGACACACUUCAGGGUGAUCCGGCGUUCGGCUCGGGAGCAGCGGAGUGACCACGUCAACACCUUUGAGAGGGAGAAGAGGGACUAUGUGUUCUGUCUCCGGCGGGGCUGGGAGCUGGUCCGGCCCCGGAACGUGGUGGUGCUGGAAGACGAUGCUCUGCCGCUGGACGACUUCUUCGCGGUGGUGAAGGACCUGCUGUCGCGACGCUUUGCCCGGCGAACGCUCUACGUGAAGCUGUACCACCCCGAGCGGCUGCAGCGCUAUUGGAACCCCGAGCCGUACCGCAUCCUGGAGUGGGCGGGGCUGGGGCUGGUCGGGGCUACGGCGCUCCUCCUUGCGGUACCGUACUGGAACCCCUGCUCCUUCUCCUUCACGCUGUCCGCCGGCCACCUGCUCUUCUUCACGCUCUACUUCAUGGCGGUGGCGGAGCUGCUGGGGCGCCACUACCUGCUGGAGGUGCGGAGGCUUUCCCCGCAGCUGUACGCCGUCUCCCCAGCCACCGAGUGCUGCACGCCCGCCAUGCUUUUCCCUGGCAACGCCUCGCUCCGUGUGGCUGAGUACCUGGACGGCUCGUUCUGCGUCAAGGGCAACGCCAAAGACAUGGUGCUGUACCAGAUGGCGAGGACGGUCCCGGGGGAGACGGCUCACAGUGUGGAGCCCAACCUCAUCACUCACAUCGGGGCGUUCUCCUCUGUCCGGGCCAACCCCCCCCGUCCCAAACUGCUCUGACACCUGGGCGACUUUUGGAGACGGUUUGGUGAAAUCUGCUGCUUUGACGUUUGAAGAGGGACAUGUUUUUCUCUCUCUGAUCCUCUGUAUGGUGGCCCUAAGAAAACAUAUGCAAAUACACAAAACACAACCACAUUGAGAAAACAUCUUCACCAAUUUGAUGACACAAGCUCAGCAUUUAGAAAAAGCUGCAAAGACCACAACACAACAGAAGUGUUUCCAGAGGACACUAUAAAGUGAUGCACAUGUCUGGACAGGCUUGAAAUUAUCACGUUAUUUCAAGAUAAUGAUAAUUUCAUAGCUGGCCAUCGAUAGCAGACAUUUAUUGUCUCUUGUUUGCUGUUUAUUUGCUGUGAAACAUUAAUUUCUAUACUGAAAACCAAUUAAUUGAUUGAUUGAUCCGGAUGGUUUGACUUUUGUUUCUGCCUUUUACUUUUAUUAUGAAAUUUAAUCAUGAAAUACUGCAGCUUUGAUGUUUUUCAUCAUUGCAAACGUCUGGACACGCUUGAUAUGUUGUUUAUAUGAUAUGUUGAUUGUUAUUUCAAGGUGAUGAUAUUUUUAUGUUACAACGUUAGCGGCUGCUCAUAGCAUGCUAAUGUUAGCCGAUCGAUUACAUGCUAACGCUAGCUGGCGAUCGAUAGCAUGCUCACUUUAGCCGGCGAUCGAUAUCGUGCUAGUGUAAGUGGCUGAUCAUAGCAUGCCAACGUUAGCUGGCAAUCGAUAGCAUGCUAAUGUUAGCCGGGGAUGGAUAGCAUGCUAACUUUAGCCGGGGAUGGAUAGCAUACUAAUGUUAGCCGGUGAUGGAUAGUGUGCUAGCCGGCGAUCGUCAGCGGGUUAGCAAGACCGAGACCAACUUGAGAGAGACCAACUAACUGACCAACUGUUUAACUGCGAUGUGAUUGAUACGGGCUAGCAGGCUAACGCUAGCGGGCUAACGCUAUAUAUCCCGUUAUAACAUGAGAAUAUCAUUAUCAUGAAAUAACGUGAUCAUUUCACAAGCGUGUCCAGACGUGUGCAUCACUUUUAAGUGUCCUCUGGAAGCACUUCUGUUGUGUUGUGGUCUUUGCAGCGUUUUCUAAAUGCUGCGCUUGUGUUGUGAAACUGAUGAAGAUGUUUUCUCAGUUUGAUUGUGUUUUGUGUAUUUGCAUGUGUUUUCUCUGGGCCACCGUAUCUCUGUGUUCAGUCACACUUUGUAUCAUUAAUGCUGGAAAUCUUCUUUAUAAUCACUUUUGCUGACUUUAAGGUUCAGCGGGAGGUUUUUAUUCUCCUGCUGCCUGGAAAACAUUUAAACAAUCAGAUGCUGAAACAACAAAUCAACCUUUUACAACGUGAAGCUCGUUCUGGACGGAGACGCUGACGCAAUUAAAGCUCAGAGUUUAUAAACUAAAGACCUUCAGGCUGUAAACAGACUCUCAGUCCGUCUCUAAGGAACAAACAGGAUCCGCUGAGAACGAUCAGAUCAGAUCCUGAUUUUCAUAUUGUGGCCUUUUUUUCACUCUUUUAUGUAACUUCAUGACAUCACUGAGUCAUGUGAUCAGUCCGUUAACUCUUCGAUGCCUGCUGUUUAACUUUUCAUUCUCAUUCACAUGAUAAAGUGACAGUGAAGUCGAUCAGAGCGACAGAACCAACAAGAAGUUUUUCAGAUAGAAGCACUUCAUUAUAUUAUGCUUUUUUGUAAAGUGACCUUGGGUGUUUUGAAAGGCGCUUAUAAAUAAAAUGGAUUAUUAUUAUUAUUAAACGAGCCACAGAUUCACCAGAUUAUUUAUAAAUCAGCUGUAAAGUUUCUGGAAUAUUCUUCUCAACAUUGGUUUACUGUCACCUUAGCGUCAGCUUUAGGCUUAAUAUUAGCUUUUACAUUUGCUAACAAUAGCUUCUCAUUAGCUUACACUUUUGCUUCUCAUUAGCUUCUUGUUAGUUCAAAGUUAGCUUCUCGUUAGCUCACAGUUAGCAUCUCGUUAGCUCACAGUUAGCUUCUUGUUAACUCACAGCUAGCUUGUCAUUAGCUCACAGUUAGUUUCUUGUUAGCUUGUCAUUAGCUUCUUGUUAACUAAACAUUAGCUCACAGUUAGCUUUUCGUUAGCUCACAGUUAGCUUCUUGUUAGCUCACAGUUAGCUUCUAGCUAGCUCACAGUUAGCUUCUCAUUAGCUCACAGUUUCUUGUUUGCUUGUCGUUAGCUUCUUGUUAGCUCACAGUUAGCUUGUUGUUAGCUUCUAGCUAGCUCACAGUUAGCUUCUCAUUAGCUCACAGUUUCUUGUUUGCUUGUCGUAAGCUUCUUGUUAGCUCACAGUUAGCUUGUUGUUAGCUUCUAGUUAGCUCACAGUUAGCUUCUCAUUAGCUCACAGUUAGCUCCUUGUUAGCAAAACAGCUCACAGUUAGCUUCCUGUUAGCUCAUAGUUAGCUUGUCGUUAGCUCUCGUUAGCCAUGCGAGUGUCUCUGUUUCACUGAAUGUGCCUUUAACGUUUUGAUGUUUACUUUUUUUCAUAAUAUUUCCUAAUUCCGCUCAGAGGAAAUGACAUUAAAAUUUAUCUUAGCCUUUAAAAACAAUUAAUGAAUUACAGGAAGUUGCUGCCGAAGUAAAAAGCCCCGGUGCUCAGCUCCAAACCGCCAAAUACAACCGUUGAUAAGUAUUAAUAUGAAAUAUUUGUAGAUAUUUACUUGUGUUUGGGAGGAAUAACCUUAAAAUAUAUAUAAAAUAAUAUUUUGAAUGUCACUUUUAUUUACACGCUGGAAAAUCAGAAACAAACCAAAACUAUAAAACAGAUUAAUUAGUAAUAUUUUUAUAAUUAAACUAUAAUUCAGAGAAAAUUCUUGGCAGCUUAAUAAACAUGAAAAUAUUGAAAUAAAUUCUGUUAUAUUCAGAUAAUGAUAAAAAAAUAUUUAGAUAUAUUCUCAAAAUAUUCAGAUAGAUAAAUGAUAAAAUAUUCAGAUAAAUAAUUAAAAUAAGCUCAUAUUCAGACAUUUAUUGUCCCCAGAUAGGUGGACGAGAAUGGAUGGAUGGAUGGAUGGAUGGAUGGAUGAAUCCUGAUGGUUUGACUUUUGAUUGACUUUUAUUUUGAAAUUUGAUCAUGUAUAUCAAAUAUUGCAGCUUUGAUCUUUUUUCAUAAUUUUGUUUGAUGAUGAAUUUAAUUUUUUUUUAGAAAUCUAAUCUAAUAAAAACGACCAAAGCAGAAUCAACAUUUCUACUUCAGAGGAAAAUAUUUUGGUUAAAACUGAUAUUUCAGAAUCAUUUUGUUUAAUAAUUUGAUGUUUCUGUUUUUACUGUUAAAACACAAUAAAUUAUGUUUGAAGUCUCUGAGUCUGA